AUGUUCUCCAAGAACCAUCGAAGGCUCGCCUAUCGCACAAUCGCCCGUCGACGCUUUCUUUUCUUUGUUCUCGCCGUCUUCUCAUUCGUCCUGUAUCACAAUCUCCCACUGAUCCAGGGAAAAGGCCGGAAUCAUGCUGGUCGCCGAACGCCCACGUACGACGUCGACGAGGUGCCGCAUUUUCUCCACCGUUCGACCUUUCGCGUCGAUCCGGAUCUUGAGUACGAAGAGCGCGUGUCGGAGGCCUUGCGCAAUAUCGAACGUGCGGUCUUGCAUGAGAAUGGAGGGGACUAUUCUGCGCGCGACAGGAUCUGGCAGAUCAUGUUGGGGAAGAAGCGUGAGCGGAGUGAGGAUUCGUUGGCGUUCGAGGAUGUGAAUGACGAGUGGGAGUAUUCGUUGGUCACCACCGACAUGGCGAACGCCUUCAUCAACAACGUCUUCUUAACCGUCCCCGACCUCAAAGAUCUCUAUACAUCCUACCCCAUCGAGGUCCUCCGCGCCGACCUCCUCCGCUACCUCCUCCUCUGGUAUCACGGCGGCUACUACGCCGACACAGACGUCUACCCCCGACGUUCCAUAAAGGACUGUCCCUCGCUGGACCCCAUCUUCCCUGAUCCGCACCACCGCCCAGCCAACAACAUCUCCCUCGUCGUCGGCAUCGAACUCGACGAACCAAAGGCCUCAUCCCACCUCAUGCGCCAGUGGCGCUGGACCCGCCGCUACGGAUUCAUCCAAUACACGCUCUACGCGCCUCGUCGCUUCAGCCCUAUCCUCCGCGAAACCAUCGUCCGAGUCCUCUCACACACCCGUCAACAUAUCCACCGCCACGGCCGUCUUCUUCCCCUCCCUUGGACCCCGCGAUACACCGAGAACGCAAUCCUCGAGAUCAGCGGACCCGGCGUCUUCACAGACGCCGUACUAGACACGUUAUCGGCUACAUUGCCCGCUACGAGCCCCCUCGUGCAGCAGUCCGUCGGUGCGGACCUGGGCGUCGGUGAUCUAGUGCUGCAGCGAUCAGGCGUGACACAGCGUCGGGUCACUUGGGCGCCGUUCUUCGGCAUCCAGAACCCGGUGUGUGUGGAUGCGAUGGAGGCGUCGAGUGUGGCCGAGGAGCCGAUGGGUGGGCUCUGCGUGCUGCCGGUCAAUGCGUGGGGGAAUGGCCAGAGACAUAGUGGGUCAGAGAGCUUUGGGAGUGAGCAUGCGGAAUUAGGGCUAGGGCUACGCUAUCCGCGCCGCAAACCCAACUGCAUCAGUCUCCGAUCUCCACCUCCAACAUCAGCUGCACUCGCCCCGAUUCCCUCGCAACUCACCCUCCCCAUUCAUAUAUCCGCAAUGGAAGGCGCCGAGCACGUUGAAUCGCCGCGCAAGCGGUUGAAGACCGACAAUGCUUCUUCUGCCGAAGAAGUCGUACUCCAAGCUCCCGUCGCGGAGCCCGUCGCGGCCAAAAUCUCCGAAAGCGACGCCCAGGCUAAGAAGGAGCUGGAUGUAGGCAUCACGCAGUUUGUCAGCGCAGAUAAUGAGGGUUUCUCGGGAAUGUUGAAGAAGAGGUAUACCGAUUUCCUGGUCAACGAGAUUGUUCCCUCCGGCGAAGUGUUGCAUCUGCGAAAUUUGAUCACCGAGACCCCGUCUACGAACGAGAAAGAAGAGGGUGCCGCAAAGCCGACUACGGAAGAAUCCGGAGAGAAGAAGGAAGAGCAGAAACCGAACCCGGAACCCGUAGCGGAGGCGCCCAAGAAAUCGUUCGAGCUGUCGGAGGAAGACAAAACCCUGAUGGUGGAAUUGUUCGGUGAACAGUCCACCAAGAAGAUUGUGGCACUGCACAACCGCGCCCAGGGUAACGAGAAGGCCCGGCCCAGCGAACUCGGCAAGAUCCCGACCCUCGUCGUCAAUGACCGCGACCUGCGCAUCAAGAUGCAUCAGACGAUUCGCCGCAUCUUCCGCUCGCAGAUUGAAUCCUCCACAGACGGCGACGGCAUGAUGACCAUCUCGGUUGCUGCAAACCGGAACAAGCGCAGUGCAAAGGCUGGCCCUGCAGGCCCCAGUCGGGACCGUGGUCGUGUCAACUGGGACGAGCUGGGUGGACCGUAUCUGCAUUUCACCAUUUACAAGGAGAACAAGGAUACCAUGGAGGUUAUUUCGUUCAUCUCUCGCCAGCUGCGCAUGAACCCCAAGAGCUUCCAGUUUGCCGGCACCAAGGACCGCCGCGGAGUGACGGUGCAGAGGGCGUGCGCGCACCGCGUGCAGGCCGAUCGUCUGAACAAGCUGAAUAACUGUCUGCGCAAUGCCACCAUCGGCGAUUUCGAGUAUCGGCAGCACGGCCUCGAGCUCGGCGAUCUCAACGGAAACGAGUUCGUCGUCACGCUCCGUGAAUGCGAUAUUCCCGGCCUUGACCUUGAGAACCGCGAGACGGCCGUCGCCAGAGCCUCGGAUCUCGUGGGCUCCGCUUUGCGCAAUCUCCGCGAACGAGGCUACUUCAACUACUACGGUCUGCAGCGGUUCGGAACGUUCGCGACGCGCACGGACACCGUCGGAGUGAAAAUGCUGCAGAGCGAUUUCAAGGGCGCAGUCGAUGCCAUCUUGGACUACGGUUCCGAGUCACUGGCGGCCGCCGAAGCCGGUGAAAACUCCAACAGCCUGAUCAGCGCCGACGACAAGGCCCGCGCAAAGGCCAUCCAUAUGUUCCGCACGAGCACCCAAGGCGCCGAAGCCCUGGACAUCCUGCCCCGCAAAUUCUCCGCUGAAUCCAAUCUGAUCCGCCAUCUCAGCCGCUCCCGCAACGACUGCCGCGGAGCCCUGCAGACCAUCCCGCGGAACCUGCGACUGAUGUACGUCCACGCGUACCAAUCGCUGGUGUGGAACUUUGCCGCCGGUGAGCGCUGGCGUCUCUACGGCGACAAAGUCGUCGAGGGUGACCUCGUGCUCAUCCACGAACAUACCGACAAGGAGGAUGGCCACACCGCGGCAUCCAAUGUCGACGCUGAUGGCGAAGUCAUCAUCGCGCCCAGCGCCACCGACAGCUCUUUUGUCGACUACACGCGCGCUCGCGCCCUGACGGCUGACGAAGCCGCCAGCGGCAAGUACUCCGUCUUCGACAUCGUCCUGCCCCUUCCCGGCUUCGACGUCCUGUACCCGGCCAACGCCAUGACCGAAUUCUACAAGCAGUUCAUGGCCAGCGAGCAAGGCGGCGGUCUCGACCCGUUCGACAUGCGUCGGCAGUGGAAGGACAUCUCUCUCAGCGGAAGCUAUCGCAAACUCCUCAGUCGGAUGGGUCCUGACUACUCGUGCCAGGUGCACCUGUACGAGCAGGAUGACGAGCAGUUCAUUCAGACCGACUUGCAGAAGCUGCAGCAGGCUAAGACGGAGGAGGUUCCCGCCGAGUCUAAGGGUACUGGGGAUAAGAUCGCUGUGGUUCUGAAGUUCCAGUUGGGCUCGAGUCAAUAUGCUACUAUGGCUUUGAGGGAGUUGAUGAAGGGUAAGGUUCAGACGUAUAAGCCGGAUUUUUCGGGCCGUGCUUGA